AUGUCGCCGCGCACCGCAGGUCUAGCGGAGGCUGCGCGGCUCUCGCCGCGGGCGGCAGCAGGGGGUAGAGGGGGCAGGUCCGCAGGCGGCGCCGCUCGGGGCCAGCAGGGCGGGGCGGGGCGGGGGGUCGUAGCAGCUGCCAGUCCAGACCGCCUGGGAUGCGCGCCUCCCCCCACUAUCGAGCCGGCAACAGGAGAAAAAUUUAUGAACCACAGCAUGAAAAUCUACCAAAAGUCUACUUUUUCAUCCCGAAUGAAGAAUCGUUCACACCUGGGCCAAAUAGGAAUCUUCGCUGACAACGGUGGUACCUCAACUGAAAAACUGGGGCUAGAUCCCACUCUUAUUCUCAGAUUAACAGAAGGUGCAGACACAAAAAGGACUGUCCAUGAAUUUAUUAAUGACCAGAGAGACAGAUUUAUGCUCGAGUAUGCUCUGUCAACCAAAAGAAACACAAUUCAAAAGUUUGAAAAACAUGCAACAAUGAAGGAAAGACAACUCAUGAAAGCAGAAAAAAAGCUCGAAGAAGACGCAAUGGCCUUUGAAGAGUUCCUUCGAGAAAACGACCAGAGAUCUGUAGACGCUCUUAAAAUUGCAGCACAAGAAACUAUAAACAAACUCCAAAUGACAGCAGAGCUGAAGAAGGCGAGUAUGGAGAUACAGUCGGUGAAAAGUGAAAUAGCAAAAACAGAAUUCCUCCUUAAAGAGUAUAUGAACUACGGAUUUUUUCUGCUGAAAUUGUCUCCAAAACAAUGGCAAAUCCAGCAAGCAAUGAAAAGGGUGUCAAAGAAUAAAGAAAAUGUGAAUGUCAUGCUUCCAAGUAUAAUGACAAAAUUAAGUACAAGGAGAAGAGAGGGCAACAUGGAGUUGUCCGGGAGGAUAUCAUUUUCAGAAGACGCUUCUCUGGGAAGGGGUAGCCAAGCAAAACCGCGCAAAACGACCACUCCCACCCUAGAGCAAAAGAAAUCAUCCUUAUCAAACCGAGCUGAAAGUAUCAGUUCAGAAGACAGUUUGGAAUUCUUUUUAAAUGAUGAUAUGGACUAUGAUCUGGAGCCAGAACUUUAUUUCAAAGAACCCGAAGAGUUACUUCAGGUCCUCACAGAGCUGGAAGAGCAGAAUCUUACUUUGGUACAAUACUCCCAAGAUGUAGAUGAAAAUCUUGAAGAUGUAAAUAAAAGAGAAAAACUUAUACAGGAUAAAAUAAAUACCAACAUAGAGUUUCUUUUGGAACACAAGAAAAUGCUUAAGGCUAACUGUGUAAGAGAAGAGGAAAAAGCAGCAGAACUGGAAUUAAGGUCCAGGCUAUUUAGUUUUGGAGAAUUUAAUUCAGAUGCUCAGGAAAAACUGAUAGACUCUCUUAGUAAAAAAAUUAAUCAAGUAUACAAAGUCUGCAUUGGAGAUGCUGAGGUUGGCAGCCUCAACCCAGUUCAAAAGCUGGUAAAAGUAGAGUCUCGCCUGGUGGAACUGAGUGAUCUCAUUGAAUCCAUUCCCAAAGAAAACGUGGAGGCAAUUGAGAGGAUGAAACAGAAAGAACGAUGGCAAAAGCUGCGUGAAGAGAAAGUGAAAGAAAAACAAAAACACCAGGAGGAAAGGCUAAAAGCUGCUCUGGAAAGAGCAGUAGCACAACCAAAGAAAAAGCUGGGAAGACGACUUAUCUACCGCUCAAAACCUCCAUCUGGUAACAAACGUGAACUACUUUUAGUCAAGGAUACAAGAACAAAAUCACUGGAGGAAGAAUAUUUUUUCACUUGA